GCUGGUAGCAUGGAAAAACUAUAUUCGGUAGAGAAGCGUCCGGUUGAGUAUGACCAGUAUGAGUUCAACUUGCCGGAAGUAUAUCGCAAAAUAGCUAAGGAGGAGCUUCGUGAAGAUGAUGAGAUCCGGGAGCAGUCGUUAGGGCAAAUGCGCGAAUGGAUUGCCAAACAUCCGUACAUCCGCAAGUGUCGUACGGAUGCUUCGUUUCUUUUACGUUUCCUGCGCUUUCGAAAGUACUCAGUGCCAAUGGCUUGUGAGGCGCUUGAAAGAUAUCUGGCCAUGCGUCAAACAUUCCCGCAGUGGUUCAAAAAUCUGGACUGUAACGAGUCUAUCAUGCGAGAAAUGCUCGAAGAUGUUGUUUUUACAAAGCUGGGCGAAGAUGCGGAUGGCCGAACGGUGAUUUUGUUUCGGUUUGCGAGAUUUAAUGUGGAAAAGUUCAGUGCUUUGCAGGAGGGGCGGUUUACGGCGUUACUUGUCGAGACUUUACUAGAGUGGGAAGAGCUACAGAUCGGAGGAUUUCGCGUAUUUGUGGACUUUACAGAUUCCGUGUUGAAGCACUACGGCAUUUGGGGUGUAUCGGAUAUGAAGAUCUUUAUGGAUGCGAUCAGCCAGUCUUACCCAAUACGGAUCCGUGAAAUUCAUGGAGCAAAAUUUCCUAAAUUUGCCGUUCCGAUUUUGAAUCUGCUGCUUACGUUCGCAAGCCCUAAACUCAAGAGCCGCAUUACAUGUUACAACAGCGUCGAGGAAAUGGCAAAACAAAUUGCAAUUUCAUUGCAGCCGACCGAGUGGGGCGGCAAAUGUGAUCUGUUGGAGCUUAAUCAGCAGUUCAUAAACCACUUGAAACAUCGGCGUGAGGUAAUUUUAGCUCUGGAUGAAAUGGACAUCGAUACGGCGCAUUAUUCUUCACUCUGGAAGCAAACAUCGGCAUCUGAGACCGAAAUAGAUAGUGGUCUAAUGGGAAGUUUUCGAAAGCUCGAUGUGGAUUAA